GCAAAUUGAGAAGGUUGGGCAAAGGGAAAAAAAUACACAACGCGUGCGCGGGCGUUUAAAAAAGUAGAAACCCGCUGUUCCUAUUAUUGCCGCUGAACUCUUUUCGAUUGAAAGCGUGUGAAGUAGUAAAGUGCCUCUAUAUUUUCUUUUAUAUACAUUUGAGCCAGGAGUAAAUGGUUGGUCUCAGGUGACGUCGCCAAAUAAGUUUUACUUAUCUUCUUUUCCCCUCUUCGGUUCUACGUCAUAGAACAAUACGCAAGCUUUUCACACGCUAUUUUGCUUCCCCUCCUGGGUCCACUUCACUCGACGUGGGCACGGCGUUCGUAUACAGUGAAUAUCACACACACACACACACCGCUAGCUUUGAGGUAUAUAUAUAAAAAAGGACUCGUCAACACGUAUAUAGCAGUAGAGACAGAAACACCUUCUCUUUCUCGUGCCUUCUUCCUUUUUGCUUUCCGUAGCACUGCCUUUUUUUUUCCCCCGCGUUCUGUUGUGUCUUGCUUGUGAUUAUUUGUCCCCCUCCCCCUCCCAGCUGCAGUGUUCAACGCCACUGGCAUCGUUUUUGAAGUAGUGCUCUGUUUUCUCCUUACUUUCAGUUAUUAGUGUUAUUAUUUCAUUUUCUGCGAGAGCUGUGGUUCAGCGCAGUAUAGCCAGUAACGACGCCGUUCUCUUGUUGUUUUCUCUCCUAGCUGCUUGAGUUGUCUUUUCUAUUUAGAACGAAGGUGUUUUGCCUACUUAUAGUUUGUUUCUCCUUGCUUGACAGCGUAGCAUUUACUAUUUCGCUUUUACCAACACACCAAGCGACUCGUCCAUAAUGCGGUCUUUAGUCCGGCAGCGGGCAAGCGCCGCUGCAAGGCUGCGAUGCAGCUCUUCCUUUCAUAGAUUCACCCCCACCCCAGCAUUCACAGGAGGCUUCACAGGUCUUCUUUGUUGCUGUGCUACGAUAGAGAACGACCGGCGGUGUUACAGCACCACCACGGUCCUCCACAAACAACUGCCCACGAGCGCGGGCUCGUCCUCCGCGGCAGCCGGAGGACCAACGCCCAACGCAGUGAGAAACAACCGCAGCCGCAAGCAAUCCACCGCCGUCGCUUCGGGAGGUGCUGGUUCCGCUGCCGUGGCAGUCGAGCCGGAGUUGGAAGCCGCACCGACCACUGUCGACGCCACUGUGAGCCGAAACGCGGCCGUCGAAUCGGUAUCAGCGUCCCACAGGACAGGCAAAGCAACUACGAUUUCGCGCGUGAAGGCAUCGAAGCGCGGACGGCGAAAGCAGGAAGGAUCGGCGAGUCUGCGCUCUGGCACGUCCAGCGUGACGCCCACCGCCGCUACCGGUGCUCGCAAGAGACAGCCCGACGUCGCCGUGGCGCUGCCGCCUGUUGAGCCGCCGAUGGCGAUGAGCACGGAUGUGGCGGAAGAUGCGACGCUUGCGAGCUGCGCCAGCACCUCGGCUCGUGGGAAAGGUGUGAGAAACACGCGUGGCAAGCCGCGCACCACGAACGCCAAAACGGCGGACCCCACCGCUUCAGCUGCGGCGGGUGAACCACGAACGAAUUCAACGGGAGCGUCGCAGCCGCUGUCACCCCCGCCGCCGUCCUUGGGCUCCGCGCCACCGGUGUACUACACACACUACAUGCAGGACACGACUCCACGAACGGAGGAGCAGCGCAUGGCGGAGCGGUGCAGUAUUACGAAGCUGAUCAUGGUCUCUGCUUCGGUGUCUUUCCUGUUUACGGCGCUGCCUCGCACCGAAGGUCAGCUGAAGAUGUACGUGCAGGACAUGAAUCGGGUGCAGGUCCCCAACGCGGCCGCAGCCACCGCCGCAGCCUUGCCAUCUGCAGAGAGUGCGAUGACCACGAUUUCGCCAUCCUUGACGUCGAAGCAGUUCCACGAGCUCCGCCAGCGUCUUUGCGCGGAGCAGUAUUCCACAAAUACUGUGUUCAUCCACGUUCGCGAGAUGGAGCAGCUGGUACCGCCGCUCCAUCUGCAGCCACCCACCAUUAACGAAGGGGUUGUCGAUGACACGAAGCGCAAUUCCACCACGGCGGACGACGAUGCACAGGGCCAAAAUAGUAGCAGCAGCAGCAGCACCCCCGGUCGACAUGUCCCUGGUGGCAAGACGCGUGGGCGUCGCGGUCGCCGUAGCCGCGCGCAUAACUCCACCGCUUCUUCCGCGUCCGCGGUGCCGGUGCCGCCGUUGCCUGUCCUCUCCCCUGUCGAACGUCUCCUGGCGUUGCAGAUGUGGAAGAAGACCGCCGUCUGUCGUGCGAAAGAAACGCAGGCGCGUCACCCAAUCCCUGCCCACUUCCACACCAUCACACGCGUGCGUUUUCACGACCCGCACCAGACCGAUCUCACCGUGGCGAUGGGCGGCGGCCUGAACAAGAGCACCGACUCCGUCCUUCGCGCCAUUGUGCGUAACACGCACCGAGAAGAUGGCGUCGGCAGCAGCGGAGAGUGGCUGGCUGGCGAAGAGGAGGACGAGGACGGCGACGGCGGCCUUCCGCCUUUUCCGAUGCCGGACCCGGACGAGACGAAUGCCGAGGUCGUUACUGAGGCGGCGGCGGACAUACCGGAGCCGGAGCAGCCUGCGUUUGUCUCCUCGCCCUACGCGGUCAAGCCGCUGCUGACGGUCUGCGCGAGCUGCGUGCCGCGGCGCGAGGCGUGGAUCGGCACGUGUUCGCCGAAGCCGUCGGCCGCGACGCUGGAAGCGGAGAGCGUGUACGCCGUGCGACCCCUACCGACCGUGCCGCGCUUCUCAACGCGCAUCACGAUUAUGCUGGAGCACGACGAGAUGGACCCCGCGGACUUGGUCUCCCUGGCGGAGAUCAGCACGACGCGCAAGCCCGUUGCAGCAGCGGCAGCAGCAAGAGCGUCGUCCGCAUCCGCCUUUGACAUGCACUCGGACGUGUCGGUGCGCGGUGGAGGGGUGGAUGUGGCGGGAGGCGGCGCGGCAGACGCGGCGGAGGGGCAAAGUGGCCGAGCCAGAGCGAAGCGGCCGUUGCAGCUGUAUUGUCUCGUGCAAGACGCAGGGGAGUAUUGA